AUGUAUGGUAUACAUGGUUACAAAAAUGGAUUUUAUAUACCUUUAAUUAUUGAAUUUUUGCCCUCAAAAUCAUUUGAUUGCUAUGUAGCAAUGUGGAAUUUUAUUUGUGAAUUGGGUAUAAAUGAAAAUCAACAACCGUUUAACCCAAUAUCAAAGCAUCUAGAUUUUGAAAUUGCUGCUCACCAAGCUUUCAAAAACGUAUUUAACAAUAGUACCAUAAAGGCUUGUAGAUUUCACUUGGGUCAGUGUUGGUAUCGGAAGAUAAAUUCUAUUACAGAUCUGAAAAAGUUUUAUAAUGAUAAGUCUUCCGAUAUAGCCAAAUGGCUAACAAUGUUCUUCGGAUUACCAUUUUUACCGUCGAAUGAAGUCGAAGAUGCUUUUUUUGAUAUUCAAAAUUUACGCCCGACUUUAAUUUAUUAUGCUUAUCAGAAUUUUCGGACUAUAUAUUGUAUAAUUAUAUUAUUAUUGGGUGUACAUUUCCACCAUCAAUUUGGGCUGAACCUCCUUCUGAAGCGCCACGAACAACAAAUUGUGCCGAGUCUUUCCACAAACAUUUUAAUGCUCAAUUUUAUUCACCCAUCCUCCAAUUACUAA